AUGGCUCCUAAGACUCGACAACCCAACUAUCAAGAGCUGGAAGUGCGCGUCGCGUCAUUCAACGCGUCCAACAAAGGCAACUUGGGUGCCUCGCAAGCGAAACGAGGCGCAAAGUCGAAGACCUGGCCUCAUGCACUCACUGAAACCUUCAACCCCGAAUCUCUCGCAAAAGCAGGAUUCUAUUUCAAUCCCUCAGAUGAAGCAUCCGACAAUUGCACGUGUUUCCUAUGUGGCAAGGGCUUGGGUGGAUGGGAGAAGGGAGAUAUUCCUUACAAGGAACAUGUCACUCACGACGAGAAUGGAUGCGCAUGGGCCAAUGCGGUUUGUCAAGUGAAGUUUCAGGAUAGGAUCAACAACCAUACCUUCAUGUUUACAACAUCAGAACGACUUCCAAGAUCUGAAGCAAUGGAAGUAGCACGACAUGAAACAUUCUCUGAGUGGUGGCCACAUGACAAUGUUGCUAGACAUAAAGCGAGUUCUGAGAAGAUGGCGCAUGCUGGAUUUCACUAUACCCCUGACGCCAGGGCAGUGGACCUCGUUACCUGUGUAUACUGCAAUGUGGAGUUAGACGGCUGGCAACCGAAAGAUGAUCCUAUGGCAGAACAUCAGCGCAAGAGCCCUACUUGUGUGCUUUUUACUGCUGGAGAUCGCACUGGGGUGAAGAUUUCUCUCCGAGAUCCUCCUGAAGAUGAUGUACCAGCUCCAAGCACUGGAGCCGCAAAGAAGAUUGCAAAGUCGAGCUCAUCACAAGCACCCAGUUCUCAGCUACCCAAGUCAAAGCCGAGUCGCAAUCUCCGCAACGCCGCCACCGACUCAGAAUUGGAUGCUGCCCCUUCCAAGCGUGCUACCAGAAUUAUGAACAUGGCGACUACCUCGAAUCCAGAUGCCACGGAUGAAGGUGAAGCUUCUGCUUCUGAAGCCGAAGUAGCCAAAGUAGAGCCAGCCCAACCACCAGCACUUAAGACCAAGGGCAAAACCACCAAGGCAACAAUUUCUCAACAAACCAGCACCUCUGCGGCCGAGGUGGGUCCCGCGGAAGUUGAACCUGUUAAGAAGAAACGUGGACGGCCUCCGAAGAAACAACCUGCAGCGAAGCCGGGACCGGACGUUCAAACUGAAGCAACGCAGAUUCAGACCCAAGUCGUUGAGCCUUCUAUAGUUGAACCGUUGCAGCCGAAGAAGCGUGGGCGACCCAAGAGUAAGAAGCCUAACCCCGAACCCGAACUUGAACUUGAACCCGACCUCAAUCCAACAAGGGAAGUUGUCGAACUAGUAACAUCGGACGAUGACGCCCCAACCACUAAGCCAACAAGCCGGGAACUACGAAACAAUGACAAAGCUGUCGCAGCAGAACCUAUUGCUGCUAUAUCCGUAUCCCCCACGAGAGUCACGCGUUCACAAAGCAAGCAACCUGCUCAUUCCGACCUGGAGGACGUCACUGAUGGCGAGCUGAAGCCGCAAAGGCUGACUCGAGCGGCGUCCGUCUCACAAACGGAUGAUGCUCCUGAUUUCCGGCGGUCCACCCGGGUACGAGGAAAAGUUGCGAUGACCUCAGAAUCCGAGGCCGACAAUCCCAUCGUAACAUUUACUCGCUCUACUCGCUCCAAGCCAGCCCAUCCCCCGACGCUUGUAAAUGAUGCUGCAAUAUCGGAUUUUACCGUGGGAGGGCUAUCAACGGUAGAUGCCGAUUCGGCGCAGACUGCUAAACCCAAGAAGAAAGGGAAAGGGAAGGUGGCGUCGACGAGAAGGCCAGGAACAGAAGCACGGAAGAAGCCAACACCACGGGAGGAUGUCCAGAUGGAGGACGCACCCGACGAUGUGGCCCUCGAUUUGUCAGAACAGUCCAGCAAGGGUGAAAAUACGCCAACUACCACGAUCCAUGAUGAGUCCGAUGAGUCAAGUGAUGCUGAAGAAGUUGAAACGACGAUCCUUGUGCAGACACCAAUUGUAUCUGGGUCUGCAACACCCAUCACCCCGCCCCGUCCAGCUCCUGCUUCUGCUCAGCCUGUGGCACCUCAAUCACUUGCAAUACCUGCGAUACAGCCUAUGUUCCCGCUUCCACCUAUCUCAAAUUUCACCGAGGCCGAGCUGUCGAUGACCCUGGAAGAAUGGGUGAGACACGAGACCCGCCGCCAAUAUGAAGUGCUCCGCGCUGACGGUGAGCGCAGAAUAGCCGAUUUCAUAGACAAGGCUAGAGGGAUCCGGAAGAAGAUUGAGGCCCUCUAG